AUGAAUACGGCAAGAGAUUUAGUCUUAUCACUUUAUCAAAAUCUUGGAAAUGAAGCACAUGCGGAUUUACAAUCAAAAACAUUUUCUGAUAAACUUUAUCAAUUUAUCGAAAAUGAUAAUGUUUUAACAAGUACAUCACCUGUUGUUUUAGCUGCGACGUUUUUUCAAACAGCAGGAAAAACAACACUUCUUCACCAGAGUGAACAAUUAGAUGAUCAAUUACGAAAUACUAUGAAAACUUAUAGAGUAGUACGACAAUCAACAGUUACAAAUGUUUUGAAAAAUCUUAUAGAACUUUGUCAAUAUUUACCAAUUGAUUAUAUUCAAUCAUCUUUUUCAACAAUACUAAAAUAUCAUUUAAACGAACUUUAUAAUAAUUUUACCAGAGAAAACUAA